AUGAGCAAGAUGAAGAAGCAUUUGCUUGGAGGAACAAUUGCUCUGAAUCCCGAGACUGUUCUCGUAAUUAGGAUUCCCGAUGCACAGGUUUUGCGCAUUUUGUCUCGGUCCCUCUUUUUGGCUAUGGUUCUUGUAGCGUUGCCUUUUUUGGGAACCAUUCUCAGGGGAUUCUCAUCAAGUCCCCAUUCAUAUGUUUCAAAAUUUGAGUCUGCUUCUGGGUCUAUCAAUAUGGAGCUGUUGAAUUCGAUUCUCCAUGAUUUGGCUGAUGAAGGCCACCUCAAGAAGGAUGAUAAGACUCUCAUUGUGAACCCUCCCAAUGGAUUUGGGGGUAUUGCUUCGUUCAAUAACAACGAGAUUGACACGGUCACGGACUUUGAUUUGGAGAGAAAGAGCUUGUUCUUUGGUGAGUCUUAUGAUUUUGUGUUCAUUUCCAGCUCUGGAGAUGCUGAGUUUGUUGAUCGCAUUCUUAAAAUUAAUGGCAUGGUGGCUCUCCCGUUAGGCGUUGAACCAUCAAAUGCAGCUUUCAGAAAACAAUCUAAUUAUAGAGUAGUUUACCUUAGGCGAUAUGGCUCUAUCAUUGUUGCUUUGAGGAAAAUUGGCGCAGCCAUUAAGUUGGUAGAUUCUUCACCAAAGAGAAAGCUUUGCCAAUUGGCAACAGACUCCAAGACAGUGGCAUUGAAUGGUCUUGAAGAUGUACUCUUGGAGCCACCGAGACAGGCUUUCCUCAAAUCAAAGAACUACUUGAAGAAGAUCAAGUAUCUACCUGACUUGUUGGGUGAUUCUCUUGAAGUUUACAAUCGAAGAGUCUUCAUUAGUGUAGGCUUGCCUAAGGAAAACAAGGGUGUAAUACAAUGGUUCGAGCAGAACUACCCAAAGAAGAGUACAAAAUUCGAGAUUUUCAGCCUCGUGGUUGCACCAGAAAACCGGAUGGUGCCCCAUAUUGAUGUUUCUGGUUGGUUAUCAAAGCAUGUGAAGGAAGAAGAUUAUGUUGUAAUUAAAGCAGAAGCAGAGGUAGUGGAGGAGAUGAUAGAGAAAAGGACAAUCUUAUUGGUGGAUGAACUUUUCUUAGAGUGCAAGAAUGAAUGGUGGCAGAAGGGGAUGGAAAAGAAGAGUGAAAGAGCAUAUUGGGAGUGCUUGGCUUUGUAUGGAAGGUUGAGGGAUGAGGGAGUUGCAGUACACCAAUGGUGGGGUUGA